ACCGGUCUUCUCUCGUGGUUGUCGGAUAAAAUUCAGAGAGAAAAAGAAACUUGUCCAACGAGACGUGGUAGUCCGUGGCGAUUGUUAAGCAAAUCCCUCCUCCUCGGACACUUCUUUAUGUCGUUGAAAGUUCAGAGAUAUAUGAAAAAAUAGAAGUGAUAGUCGAGAAAAGUAUAAUUAUCUUGUUAAUCUGACUAAAAAAAAAAAGAAUCGAUAUUCCGAAUAAUCGUGAUAACAAUCGAGUAGCUUUAUCGCAGAAAAUUUCGGAGAGAAGCAACGACGCAUCCUAACGAGAUUAUUUCCAUAUUACGCAAUGAGACUUCCAGUGAAAAACAAACUUGCCAACAAGUGAAUCUUAUCGCUUGAACCGCGAAUGAUACAAAAGUUACGUCACAGUCAAUUAAAUUUAUUAUCAAAUAUGCGGAUAUACUUAUUUCUUAUCGGAGAAGGUUCGACGUAUCAGUCGACCGUAGCGAGUCGCCGCAGAUAGUCGGAAAACUAAACACAUUGUUGUACUGAGUAACGUCUCGACAUUCGAUGCGUACAUUUCGAAGGGAACGUCUCGAGAUAGUGACACAACUAUUCGCUGUGAAGACAGACAGCCAUCAAACUACUACUUGCAGUAAAGAAUGCGGAACAGCAAACGACAUUCAAACAAAACGCAACGUUAAAAUAUAAAUUUGCGCUAAACGUGUCUGCGAGAAAGAAGAUGUUUUGGAUAAAGGAGGGUCGCAGAGGGAUGUGGCACUUGAUCUUCUUCUUAAUCGGCGCCGCAAUGGCCGGCGAAUCCGGACCGGAGCCGGAGUUCUCCGAGCCGCCGGUCGAGAUCUCGCCGCUGCCUUACGAGGAGACAUUUCCGACUCCGCUUCCCGGUCUGCUCUAUCCCAGAGAAAGUGAAUCCCGAGAGGUGAGAUCUCUCGACGGAUUAUGGGACUUUGUCGUAUCGCCUGUGGGAGACGCACUGAAGGGCUACAGGGAAGAAUGGUUUGACUACGAAUUGUCGAAGGUCGGCGAGAUGAUCAAGAUGCCCGUACCGUCAUCCUAUAACGACAUCACGACAUCGCGGGAUCUCAGGGACCAUGUAGGCGCUGUGUGGUACCAGCGGACGUUUUUCGUGCCUUCUUCUUGGAAGGAUCAACGGGUGUUCGUGAGAUUCGGCUCAGUUAAUUAUCUCGCUCAAGUGUGGGUGAACAACAACCUGGUGACUAACCACGAGAUGGGCCAUUUGCCCUUUGAGGCGGAAAUCUCGUCGUAUGUGACCUUCGGCGGCAAGAAUCGCAUUACCGUCGCCGUAGACAACACACUGCUGCAAACCAGUGUUCCUCAGGGCAAGAUUCUAGAGAUGCCAGUCGAAAACGGCACUGUACACCUGCAGACUUACACCUUUGAUUUCUUCAACUACGCCGGUAUACACAGGUCCGUUUUAUUGUAUACCGCGCCGCGCGUUUACGUCGAGGACAUCACGGUGAGGACGGGCCUGAUCGGUGACAUGGGAAUCGUCAAGUACAUCGUACAACCGGCUGGAUUGCGCGAAGGGGAGACACCAAUCUGCAGUAUCACGUUGCACGACGCCGAGGACACUUUGGCUAUCAAGGAGCCUGUCUACGGCUUGUCCGGCACCUUGAAAGUUCCACUCGCCAGGCUCUGGUGGCCCAGGGGCAUGGACCCCAAGCCGGGAUACCUUUACACUCUGGAAGUGAAACUAUCGGUGAUAAACGCCACCAAGCCAGAUAUCUACCGAUUACCGAUCGGCAUCAGGACCCUCGUGUGGACCAACACGAGUCUCCUGCUGAACGAUCGACCGGUAUACAUGCGUGGUUUCGGCAGACAUGAAGACUCGGUCAUCAGAGGACGCGGCUUCGACCUCGUGACCGCUGUCAAGGAUCACGAACUGCUUCAGUGGGUAGGCGCCAACGCUUACAGAACCAGCCACUAUCCUUACAGCGACGAGGACCUCGACAUGGCCGAUAGACUCGGCUUUCUCGUGAUCGAUGAGUGUCCGUCAGUCGAUACGGAAAAUUUCACGCCGUCCUUGCUCUCGCGUCACAAGGACUCGAUAUCAGAGCUCAUCCGCAGAGACAAGAAUCGGCCGUCAGUGAUCAUGUGGUCCUUGGCUAACGAGCCGAGGACCCAGCUGCUCCAAGCGAAGGAGUACUUCAAGCAGAUCGCUCAUCACGCGAAAGCGGUUGACCCCACCAGACCGGUCACUAUCGCUCUGGCUCGCGGAGUGCAGGAGGACAAAGCUGGUCAAUUUCUCGACGUGAUCAGCUUCAAUCGCUACAACGCUUGGUACAGCAACGCCGGCAGGCUAGACAUGAUCACUGACAGGGUUCAAGGAGAAGCCGAGGCCUGGCACAAAAAGUACAAUAAGCCGGUGCUUAUGUCCGAGUACGGAGCUGACACCAUGCCCGGCUUACAUGAACUACCGGAGUACGUAUGGAGUGAGGAGUACCAAAAAGAAUUAUUCUCUAGACAUUUCGAGGCCUUCGAUCGAUUGCGACACGAGGGCUUCUUCAUUGGCGAAUUUAUCUGGAAUUUCGCCGAUUUUCGUACCGCACAAACGUACACCAGAGUGGGCGGAAAUAAAAAGGGGAUCUUCACGAGGGACAGGCAACCGAAAAUGGCAGCACAUCACGUUAGGAGGAGAUAUCAUGCUCUGCAGGCUGAAUUGGACUGUGCGCAGAUACCGAAGGGCGUCGAGAGUUAUGUCUCGUCCUACUAUUCUCAACAUUCGGAACUCUAAUUAAAAAUUCAAGAAAAGAAAAGAGAAAAGAUUAUUUCUUCACGAAAUAAAGCCGCGUUUUGUUCCUUAUUAUAUAUCAUUAAACGUAAAGG